AUGAGUGUUGGACUGCUGUGGCUUAUCCCUCUCUUCAUGCUCACUGAGGGCACCGACGGCUUCCUGCAGCAGAAAAAUGAUGGCCACAGAACGAAAGGAGAUGUCAGUGUGGUCGAGAAAAGGCAUCAAGUCCAGGAGUAUGAGGUACUACUUCAGAUGACAUACAGAGAUGCAGAGGAGAAGAGAGAACUGAAGAGAUAUCUGAAGCUCUUGAAUUCUCAAUCACUGAGCUUCCAUGGUCCCAACAUGAUCGUCAGAGUGAAGGCCACCACAUACUGCAGAAGCCAAAAGGAGUUCCUGGAGUGUGCCUGUGAAGACAGCUAUUCGUGGUUUCCUCCCUCCUGCCUUGACCCCAGGAACUGCUACCUUCACACAACCAGACCCCUCCCAACCUGUAGUUGCCCCCCCAAAGGCCUCAAUCAGAGCAUUAAUUUCUGUGAGAGAGCAAAGGUUUGGGGCACUUUUGAAAUUGAUGAAAAAUUUCCCGAAGACCUCUGGGAUUCAUCGUCUCAUGUAUAUGCUCACUACACAACUGGAAUUGAAAAUCAACUUAAAGAAGCAUACAGAAGAGUCCACGGUUUUGAGUCAGUUCAGGUCACCCAAUUUCGAAAUGGAAGCAUCGUUGUUGGCUAUGAAGUGACUGGCUCCACUAGCCCUGCUGAACUCCUCUCUGUCAUUGAACAGGAGUCUGAAAAGGCACAGGUGGCCCUGAGAAGGCAGUUUCCAGUUGAAUAUGGCUCUUUUCGAGUGUUCGGGAAAGCUCAGUGUAACAGCAUCUCCUUUGGAUUCGGGUUUGAGAAUGACGAAUAUACUCUACCCUGCAGCAGUGGAUUCACUGGAAGCGUGACAGUCAGGUGCCAGGCCUCUGGGUGGCAGCUCACCAGGGAGUCCUGUGUACUCCCUCAGCUGGAAGAACUGAAGAAGGAGCUCAGUGUGAUUGCAGAUGAGAUCACGGAGGCAGGCGUGGCGUCUUUGGUGCAUAAUCUUUCUGCCAUCAUUCUGCAAAGCCCAUCCACCACAGUUGGGAACCUAGGCUCAGUGGUGUCACUUCUGAGGAACGUUUCAUCCCUGUCACUGGCAAACUCUUUAGCUGUAUCCAAUUCGACACUGAAGGAUGUCAUCAACAUAGCUGAUCAUAUCUUGGAUUCAGCCUCCAUAAAGAACUGGACAAUUUUGUUACAAGAAGCAAAGGACUCCAGCUCCCAGUUGCUAGAGACUUUGGAAAACAUCAGCACUCUCAUCCCUUCCACUGCUUUGCCUCUUAGUAUUUCUCGAAAGUUCAUUGACUGGAAAGGGAUUCCAGUGACCCAAGUCCAAAGCACACAGGGCUAUAACUAUCAGAUCGAAAUGAUACAACAAAAUGCCUCUCUGCCCAUCCGAGGCCAUGUGCUUAUUGAACCAGAUCAAUUCCGGAAAUCGCAUCCAAAGACUAUUAUCAGCAUGGCCUCAUUGACCUUUGGGAACAUUCUACCCAUUACUCAGAGAGGAAAUGCACAGGUCAAUGGUCCUGUGAUAUCCACACUUAUCCAAAACCAUUCCAUCAGCGAAAUUUUCCUGAACUUUUCCAAAAUAAAGGGAAACCUGAGCCAGCCUCGCUGUGUGUUUUGGGAUUUUAGCUACUUGCAAUGGAGCAAUGUGGGCUGCCAACUAGUUAAUGAAACUCCAGACACAGUACUGUGCCGAUGUAGUCACCUGACCUCCUUCUCCAUGCUCAUGUCACCCCUUGUUCCAUCUUCAGCUGUCCCUGUGGUAAAAUGGAUCACAUACAUAGGGCUGGGCGUCUCCAUUGCAAGCCUAAUCUUAUGCCUGAUCAUCGAGUCUCUGUUUUGGAAGCAGACCAAGGGAAGCCAAACCUCCUACACACGCAACAUUUGCCUGGUGAACAUCGCCUUGUCACUCCUAAUUGCUGAUGUUUGGUUUAUCAUUGCUGCCACGGUGGACACCUCUGCAAGCCUGUCUGGAGUCUGUGUGGCUGCGGUGUUCUUCACUCACUUUUUCUACCUUGCCGUAUUCUUCUGGAUGCUUGUGCUCGGCAUCCUGAUGGCUUAUCGGAUCAUCCUCGUGUUUCAUCACACGGCCUUGCCUACCACGAUGGCUAUUGGCUUCUGCCUAGGCUAUGGGUGCCCUCUCCUUAUAUCCGUCAUCACCCUUGCUGUCACCCAACCUAGCAAUAACUACAAAAGGAACAAUGUGUGCUGGCUUAAUUGGUCUGACAAGAGCAAACCUCUCUUGGCAUUUGUUGUUCCUGCAUUGACGAUUGUGGCUGUGAACUUGGCUGUGGUGCUGCUGGUCCUCAGGAAGCUUUGGAGGCCAGCGAUUGGAGAAAGACUCAAUCAGGAUGACAAGGCCAUUGCCAUCCGUGUGGGAAAGAGCCUUCUCGUGCUGACCCCACUGCUAGGGCUCACCUGGGGCUUCGGCAUAGGAACAAUGGCGGACAGUCAGAAUCUGGCCUGGCAUGUUCUUUUUGCUUUACUUAAUGCUUUUCAGGGAUUUUUCAUCUUCUGUUUUGGAAUUCUCUUGGACAACAAGAUGCGGCAACUUCUGUCCAACAAGUUGACUCCAUUAAGCUCAUGGAAGCAAACAUCAAAGCAAAACUCUUCAGAUAUCGUUACCAAGCCGAAAUGCUUAAGGCCUUUCAACAUACUACAGCACAGAGGCAUGUAUGCGCUUUCUCAUACUAGAGAUUCAUCCAGUGACAUCACAUUAACCCAGUUUUUAUCAACCGAAUAA